CUUUGUCCACGAUAUAAGCACGCAAUUUCAAAUUUUGGUGUGGCCAUCAUCAUCCUGGCUCGUCUUUACCCUCACAACCACCCCAAGCUCACUCACCUCCUCCUACGAUGCACCUCCCACCUUACAAUGCGCCACCUCUACCAAAUCCAAUCCCAACUCACCACCAACCCCAUCCCCUCCAUCGACCCAAACAUCAUCGCCGUCAAGCUCAUCGGCGCGUUCGCCCACUUCGCCAACACGCGCCACUUGGCCCUCAUAUUCCACCACUAUCUCCAAACCCCAAACAUCUUCGCCUACAAUGCCCUCCUCAAGGCCUUUGCUCAGAACAAUGACUGGCACCACACCAUUCUCUACUUCAAUUCCCAAUUGCUUUCGCUGAAUGCUCCGAGCCCAGAUGAGUACACCUUCACCUCUGUGCUCAAGGCCUGCGCCGGCCUCGCCCGAAUGACUGAGGGAGAGAAAGUCCACUGCCUCGUCACUAAAUUCGGGUGCGAGGCAAAUCUCUUUGUUAGAAAUUCGCUGACUGACAUGUACUUUAAGUUUGGGAGGUUUGGGAUUGCGCAGAAGCUGUUCGAUGAAAUGCGUGUGAGAGAUGUCGUUUCGUGGAACACCUUGGUUGCUGGGUAUUGCGUGAGUGGGGAGGUUGGUGAGGCUAGGAGGGUGUUUGACAGCAUGGUAGAGAAGACUUUGUUUUCUUGGUCGACUAUGAUCAGUGCGUAUGCCAAGUUGGGUGAGUUGGAGGAAGCGAGGCGGCUUUUUAAUGAGACGCCGCAGAGGAAUGUGGUUUCGUGGAAUGCGAUGAUUGCUGGGUAUGCACAGAACGAGAAGUAUGCUGAGGCUGUUGGGUUGUUUAGGGAAAUGCAAGAGGGUGGGUUGGCGCCAAAUGAUGUUACGCUGGUUAGUGUGUUGUCCGCUUGCGCUCAUCUCGGGGCACUUGAUUUGGGGAAGUGGAUUGAUAGGUUUAUAAAACGAAGCGGGAUGGAGUUGGGUCUGUUUUUGGGAAAUGCUUUAGCGGAUAUGUAUGCCAAGUGUGGCUGCAUAACCGAAGCUAGGCUGGUUUUCAAUAACAUGAAUGAGAGAGAUGUGAUAUCUUGGAGUAUUAUCAUUACUGGGUUGGCAAUGAAUGGGCAUGCUGAUGAAGCUUUUGAGUGUUUUAGUACGAUGAUUGAACACGGUUUGAAGCCAAAUGAAAUUACGUUUAUGGGGUUAUUGACAGCAUGUACUCAUGCUGGUUUGGUGGACAAGGGGCUUGAGUAUUUUGAUAUGAUGGAGAAAGCAUAUGGAAUAUCUCCCAAGAUUGAGCACUAUGGGUGUUUGGUUGAUCUUCUCAGCCGUGCUGGUCGCCUUGCUAAAGCAGAGGAUAUGAUUAAUUCCAUGCCUAUGAAGCCUAAUGUUAUAGUCUGGGGUGCAUUGCUCGGUGGUUGUCGGAUUUAUAAAGAUACUGAUAGAGGGGAGCGUGUUGUUCAGCAGAUUCUUGAACUAGAUUCUGAGCACUCUGGAAGCUAUGUUUAUCUUGCAAAUCUAUAUGCUUCGAUGGGAAGGCUUGAUGAUGCAGCACAGUGUAGACUGAGAAUGCGAGAUAAAGGCGUAACAAAAACACCUGGCUGCAGUUGGAUAGAGGUGGAUAACAUAGUUCAUGAAUUCUUCAUGGGAGAUUUAUCGCAUCCUCAGUUGGACAAAAUAUAUUCAAUGAUUAAAGAACUGAGGUGGAAAAUGAAGCUAGCCGGAUACAAACCAAAGACAGAUCUGGUGCUUCAUAACAUAGACGAAGAAGAGAAAGAGGAUGCUUUAUCUGUUCAUAGUGAGAAGCUGGCCAUUGCAUUUGGGCUUAUCAGUACUAGCCCAGGAACUACAAUUCGAAUAGUAAAGAACUUGCGAGUUUGUAGUGACUGUCAUGACGCGACAAAAUUAAUCUCCAAAAUUGUAGAACGAGAGAUUAUCGUACGAGACCGAAGUCGCUUCCAUCAUUUCAAAGAUGGUAAAUGUUCUUGCAAUGACUACUGGUAGGUGGUAGCUAGUACUGAGUAGACUGUUCUUAGCAAGGACGAGAAAAUCCUUUAGGGGAACAAUGCUUCUCCAAUUUGUUGCAAUAGAAUGAUGUCAUUCAAUGUCAUUUCAAAUGCAUUUGAUCUAUUUAUUCCCAAGCUUC